CGCUGCUGUCAUGGCUGCUUUGUGCCGGUCUCGGCACAUGGGGUUUUAGGCCUGUGGGUGUUUAGUACAGUAAUUGUCGCUUCUAGACUUGGCGUCUUUGCACCCUACUCCUUUCACUUUCUUUUGUGGAAUCCUGUGUGACCCUCGUAGGAGCUCUUCUUGGCUACAGCGAUGUCUGGGGAGAUGUGGACUCCGGAGCUGGCAAUUCUGAGGGGCUUCCCCACUAAAGCUGAGCGACAGCAAUGGAAGCAGGAGGGGAUCGUGGGGUCAGAGAGUGGAUCUUUCCUACAAUUACUGCUAGAAGGGAGCUAUGAGUCCAUAUUCUUAAAUUCAGUGACUCAAAAUAUCCUUAAUGCAAUGACGAUUGCUGAAGAAGGGAUUGACAGCUACCUGGAAAAGCAGAUAGUAACAUUCCUGGAUUAUUCAACAGAUUUGGAGAAAAGUGAAAGACAGCAGCUGAUAUUCCUACUUGGUGUGAGCAGUUUGCAACUUUUUGUUCAGAGUAACUGGACAGGGCCUCCUGUUGACUUACACCCUCAGGAUUUUUUGCCAUCUGUUUUGUUCCAGCAGUUCAGUGAGGCCAAAGGUUUGGAUGCAGUUGUUCUGAGUCUGCUCAUUCUAGAUGGUGAAUCAGUCUACAGCUUGACAUUGAAGCCUAUAUUGCUGUUAUUAGCCCGAGUUAUCCUAGUCAAUGUAAGACAUAAACUGACAGCUAUUCAGAGCUUGCCGUGGUGGACUUUGAGAUAUGUGAAUAUUCAUCAGCAGUUGCUUGAGGAGCGCUCACCUCAGCUUUUUGCUCUUGCUGAAUACUGUAUUGAUCAAGUGAUGAAACUAGAGAAUCUGUUUGUAGAUGACUCAGGCCGAUAUCUCGCAGUUCAAUUCCAUCUGGAAUGUGCAUAUAUAUUUUUAUGUUAUUAUGAGUAUAAAAAGGCAAAAGAUCAGUUUAAUGUUGCUAAAAACAUUGGCAAAUUACAAAUUAAUUUAACAGGUGCUUUGGGAAAAAGGACACGGUUUCAGGAAAAUUACGUGGCACAACUUAUUCUAGACGUAAGACGGGAAGGGGAUGUCUUUCCAGGUUAUGAAUUAAGUCCAGCACCCACUCCUCAGGAACAUUUAACCAACAAUUUUGAGCUCAAUGAUGAUACUGUUCUGAAUGAGAUACAGUUAGCAGACUGUGAACAGUUUCAGAUGCCUGACCUAUGUGCUGAAGAGCUUGCUGUUAUCCUUGGAGUUUGCACAAAUUUACAAAAGAACAAUCCAGUUCAUAAGUUAACUGAAGUGGAGCUGCUGGCGUUUACAUCAUAUUUGCUUUCACAACCAAAGUUCUGGGCCAUUCAGACAUCAGCCUUGAUCCUCCGGACAAAACUUGAGACAAGAAGCACACGCCGAAUGGAACGGGCAAUGAGGCAGACACAGGCUCUCGCAGACCAAUUUGAAGAUAUGACUACAUCUGUAUUGGAACGCCUGAAGAUUUUCUAUUGCUGUCAAGUACCACCUCACUGGGCCAUUCAGCGCCAGCUUGCAGGUUUACUCUUUGAGUUGGGAUGUACCGGUUCAGCCCUGCAGAUAUAUGAGAAACUAGAAAUGUGGGAAGAUGUUGUCAUUUGUUAUGAAAGAGCUGGGCAGCAUGGGAAGGCAGAAGAAAUCCUUAGGCAAGAGCUGGAGAAAAAAGAAACACCAAGUUUAUACUGCUUGCUUGGAGAUGUCCUUCGUGACCACUCUUACUAUGACAAGGCCUGGGAGUUGUCCCGACAUCGCAGUGCUAGGGCUCAGCGCUCCAAAGGCCUCCUUCAUCUUCGAAACAGGGAGUUUAAAGACUGUGUGGAGUGCUUUGAACGCUCAUUGAAGAUUAAUCCCAUACAGCUCGGGGUGUGGUUUUCUCUGGGCUGUGCCUACCUGGCCCUGGAAGACUAUGGAGGUUCAGCAAAGGCGUUUCAGCGUUGUGUGACUCUAGAACCCGAUAAUGCUGAGGCUUGGAACAAUUUAUCAACUUCCUAUAUCAGAUUAAAACAGAAAGUAAAAGCUUUUAGAACUUUACAAGAAGCGCUCAAGUGCAACUAUGAACACUGGCAGAUCUGGGAAAACUACAUCCUCACCAGCACAGAUGUCGGGGAGUUCUCAGAAGCCAUUAAAGCUUACCACCGACUCUUGGACUUUCAGGACAAAUACAAAGAUGUUCAGGUCCUUAAAAUUCUGGUCAGGGCAGUGAUUGAUGGGGUGACUGAUCGGAGUGGAGAUGUUGCUACGAGCCACAGAGGAAAGCUGCAGGAGUUAUUUGGCAGAAUAACUUCAAGAGUGACAAAUGAUGGUGAAAUCUGGAGGCUGUAUGCCCAAGUGUAUGGAAAUGGGCAGAGUGAAAAGCCUGAUGAAAAUGAAAAGGCAUUCCAGUAUCUUUCUAAGGCAUACAAGUGUGACACACAGUCCAGUGGUUGGGAGAAAGAUAUGACAUCAUUUAAGGAAGUGGUUCAGAGAGCCUUAGGACUUGCACAUGUGGCUAUAAAAUGCAGUAAGAACAAAUCCAGUCCCCAAGAGGCUGUACAAGUGCUUUCUUCAAUUCGACUCAAUUUACGGGGCUUGUUAUCUAAAGCAAAGGUGAAGGACUUCAUGGAAAUAAACUCCUUGAACCUAGAGACUGACCUAACAAGCCAUCCAGUCCAUGCUCUUCCAGGACAGAGUAGCGGCUACACACUUAGCAUCCUACCAUUGUGCAAGUUUUCAGCAAAGUGUGACAUGAAGGCCAUUUGCUACAGUCCUGAGCCUGGAAUUAAAAACCCUGGAGCCUAGAACAGAUUUUACCACUUAACUCUUUGGAACCUUCAACAAAUUAUUUUUUUCUCAGCUUUAGCUCCUCAUCUUAUAGAGAAGUGAUGCAGAUUCAUUCUUAUUUGCAAGAACUAUAAUUUUUAUUAAAAACGUGCUACGUGGGCCCAGGUUAUUUUCCUAAAGGGUAUUUUCUAUACUAAUCACAUCACACCAGUUUUUAUUUCAUUCUGUUUUGAAAUGCUGUACAAGGUAUGACUACAAAGUAAUGUGACAAAUUUUUGCUAAACAUUCUUGAAGUUCUUCAUUCAAGUGAAUGUUCUUUGCUCCAAAAAUCGCUGUGUGAAACUCUAAGCCUAUUCCAGUGAUUAUGCCAUCACUCAGAGCAUCCUUGGGACUCCUUUUUUGGAACAGCCUUUAGAACCAUUGUUACAUGUGAUCAUCUAUAGUGGUGAGAGCAAAUAGUCAUUUUUAACGGCAAAUUUGAUUUCUGUAAACAGGUCGUCUAGUCCAGUCUGAUAAAAAAGAUACAUGGUAAACUGAGUUAUACCAUGUCUAAUUAAAACACACACAUGUGCUCACACACAGCUUGUGUGUACUCACAUGCAUACACACACAAUGUGUUUCAUAAAAUUUUGAAGCUGAUUUUCUUGGGUUCCUAUACUACACAGCAGGCAGUUCCUUUAGCAGCAUUCCAAAGUGUUGUAAGCCUCCCAAGGCAAUUUCUUUUAUGGGAGCAGGGCAUAUUUUAUUUUGCUGGGCUUGUCCGUUGUUUUGUUUUGUUUGCUUUUACCAAUCUUAAUCUUUGCGGCCCCUGAGGCCUAAAACAAUAUUAGUUUUCAAAUAAGUACCAUGAAGGUAUGAUUUAUAUGAACUUGACUAUAAAAUGUAUCUAUUUUGUUUGCAUACACAACAAAUAGAAUGUCUCUUCAUCCCCAAACUAUCCUAUGAUAUUGAAAUGAAUAACCAAUAUGCAAGGAGAACUUUCUCCAGCAGAGCUUAUUUGAAUUUAAAGUUCAGGCAAGUUGUUUGAUUCAUUGUUUGUUGCAGCAUGUGUAUUCCCAAGAUGGUGAACAAAACAAAUGCUACUGUUGCUGCUAUAAUGUGGUGUUAUUGUGCAAAAGAUAUUUUAAUUCUAUUGUGUAUUCCCAAGAUGGUGAACAAAACAAAUGCUACUGUUGCUGCUAUAAUGUGUUAUUGUGCAAAAGAUAUUUUAAUUCUAUAUUCUGUAUCUAUUUUAUUUUAAAGAGGUUUUAGUAAUUGUUUUGAUCUGUUUUGUUUUUUAUGUUGCAGCAACUUUUUACAGAUGUGGCAAGUGGAGAAAUUUCCAGUGAGUUAGCUGACGAAAUAGCGGCUAUGGACACCUUAGUAACAGAGCUG